GGGGGGGGACACAAAUUUUACCACUUUGGAAGUGUCUCUCGCGCAAACUAUUCAGUUUAGAAAAAAUGAUAUUAGAAACCUCAAUAUCAUUUUUGAAGACCUAUUCAUAAAUACCCCUCACGUAUGGGUAGGAUGAAAUAUAUUUUUUUAAUUUCAGUGCUAAGUAUGGGGAACCCCCAAAAUUUAUUGUUUUUUUUUUCUAUUCUUGUGUGAAAACCUUAAUGCGGUUCAUAGAAUACAUCUACUUACCAAGUUUGAACAGUAUAGUUCAUAUAGUUUCGGAAAAAAGUGGCUGUGACAUAAUCGCACAGACAGACGUACAUGACGAAUCCAUAAGGAUUGCGUUUUUUGCCAUAUGGCUACGGAACCCUAAAAAGUAAAUGUUUUGAUAGUUUUCGCCUACAAUUCUGAAUGAUAUAAAUAAAUAUACACGUAAUCAGCUGUUACGUAUUAUGUAAGUAUAACUUGACGGGUCAAAGGGUAAAUCAGAGAUAACUGCCAUGCCACCACAAAUUUGGUCGCUGCUGGUCCGACGGUCGUCUUCACAAGACAGGAAAAUGGUGAAGCUUACUCCCGAGCAAAUCCAGUUCUGGAAAGAAAAUGGGUACAUCAAGCUGUCCGGCAUCUUCACGGAUGAGGAGUUGGACACGCUGUCCAAGGAGUACAACCGGCUGUUCUUCUUGAAGAAUAACCCCGGUAUGGAGGCAGCGCAGCUGGGAUCAGCUAUGACGAAGACGACUAGCGGCGAGAAUUAUUCCGUGCACUCUGUCCACAACCUGCAGUACCACAGCUCGAUCUUCGCCAACGCGCUCCAUAACGAGAACCUGCUGGAAGCAGUGAAGGGUGUCAUGGGUACUGAAGACAUCCUUCUCCAUCACACCAAGGCUCACUAUAAGCCACCCAGAGUUGGAGCGCCUUAUCUCAUGCACCAGGACUACCACUACUUCCCGUUCAAGAAGCACUCCAUGGUAGCCGCCUUCAUCCACAUCGACAAGGCGGACCCCGAGAACGGCGGUCUCUGCAUCUACCCCGGCUCGCACAAGCUCGGACCUCUAGAAGACGUCGGCGCCAUUGAGAAGGGAGACCGCCACCAUUACGUAGACCCUAAAAAAUACACCAUCGAGAAGGCAACGCCCGUAAUCGCCGAGCGCGGUGAAGUGGUCAUCUUCUCCUACCUGACCGUGCACGGGAGCUACCGUAACCUGUCCGACCGCCCGCGCCGCAUGUACCUCAUCCAGCUCAUGUCUGCCCAUGACGAGCCCCUGGUCCCCGACUUACACAAGAGCUUGGGACAAGGCUGGGUGCUCCGAGGCAAGAACGACUACAAGAAAGCUGACUUGGCUGAACGGUUUCUUCACUGAUUGUUGAUAGCAACGUCCGAGUUGUUUAUGUUAUUGCUAUGUUUGUUAAGACUGGAAGAUUAAACUGAGUUAAAAUCAAA